AUCCAAAGUAGGUAGACGAUAACUCGGUAAAAAUAAACCAACACAAGGAAUAGAGAACUUGCUUUAUCCGUUUGAAUCUCGCUGAACAAUGGAAAGCUUUUUGCUGCGAUAACUUGAGUUAAUCAGCAUUGAAGUUGACAUGAAAUUUACAUUUUUACAAAGCAACAUUACAUUAAUCAACCGGUUUAGAAAACCUGAAUCAUCGUUAUGCUAAUGAGCUUUCACAAUAACCACCUAGCAACAGUUGUGUAACUGCUUAGCUCCUAACUUGGAUUCGCAUUAAUUAAUGCUAUAGUUGCGUUCAAAUAGCGUAAAACGCAAUGUGGCACAGCAGGGAGAAGUUACUGACCUCCCCCCUAGCAAAGUUACCAACUCGUAACAAACCUCCAGCAAUUGGUCUAACGGUGAUAAAAACAGCAGUACGUUAUCUAAUCGCAGUUCAAGGCUGCGUACCAGCGAUGUAUAACUCCGCAUAAAUUAAGUGGUAACCCGAAAUAACGAUAAUCCCCCGAAUGGUAUGUUUGUGAAGCGCAAUUAUUCUCCUCCCCCUCCCCUCCCUGCGCCUUGCCCGGCUCCGCUGCCAGUGUUUCACGUCGAACAAAGGAGUUUCACCGCUGUUUCACUCACUCGCGCCCCCACUCCUCGUGGUUUUGAAUGGUUCUCGUGGUUCUCCGCUUGCGCUUGCCCCACCACCGCCAGCAACCAUCAAACUGUUCCCCUUGUACCCCCUAUGUCGUUGGUGUUCUCAUUUCAUCCGCGUAUUCGGUCGAAAGUGGCGUUUUUCGGGCUCUCCUUCACGAUUCGAGCUGAUCGGAUGCGGCACGUUCUCGCCGACAAUGCUUCUUUUUACGGUUUGAUGACAGUUGACCGGGCCAUUAGUUAUUGACAUUGACACCGAUUGAUUGACAAUGACACCAAAAAUGAAAACCGCUGGGGAUGUUUCGAACGAGGCGACGGCCUUGGACACUGAGAGUUUUAGCGACAGUGACGACCUAAACCCCCUGCGAUGUUGGGAUUGCAACAUAAAUUUCACAAGUAAACACUUCCUCUACGACCACCUUUUCCACCACAUCAAGCAGCCGCAAGUGCAACUCACUCGCGUCCAACUACCGCCCCUCAAAAUCACCCUCAAAAGCAAGACCGGAAACAGUUUCGAGAUUGUAACUUCGCCGAUCAAUUCUCCCUUAUCGAGCGACAAUCUGGCGGAGCUCGAAGAAGAAAAGAGCGAAAGUCAAGAGACGCACGAUGAAGAAACGGAAGAGCAGGAAGAAGAAACAAAUGUGAAUUUUUCGCCGACUUUUGCCGAAGUAAAUAUACCGGCAUCGCCUGCCAAUAGUGACAAAAUCGACGAAGUGAUGGGGGAUGGGUCCGAAUGUGGGAGUAUUCCGGGGGCGGAGCCGACGCCGCCUCCAGAGCCUUCGGCCGAUUAUCCCAAGAUUAGGAUUAAGACGACCGGACUGCUCAAGGAACCCUUGACUAUCACGGAGAUUACUGAUGAUAAUCCCGAGGGAGAGAUAAAUGAAGCGAGAGAGGAGGGGAAAAGGGAUAAUGGGUGGAAUAAUUCCAUGGAGGAUCCCUUGAAGUUGCCAGGGACUGAUGAUAUACUCUCCAUUUUUAAUAACAAUGAAAGGGCCAAGGACUUUGGGUUCACGACCAGCGAUAGCGAGUUUAUCCCGCUGGAUCGAUUGGACGACAGGAACAGGGGGGCUUUGCAAUUGUACAACCAGAACCAGAUGAACCAAAACCCCUUGAACAGCCUGGCGGGCCUUCCCAUGGAGGCUCUAGCCCAGCAGGUGUCCCGCCUCCAACCCGGGGGCAAUGGAAUGCACCAACAAAACGUCCUCAUCAACAUCCAACAAUUCCCCCAAGCACCACCACCUCACCCUCCUCCCUACCAACCUCCCCACAUGUACCAUCCCCCACCACAACCCAUGUACCCUCAACCAUACCAGCCGUACCAACCGCCCAACCCUAUGUACUACCCGCCUGCCAGCGGUUACCCCCAACACAUGCCCCCACCCCCUCAACCCCAAAUGCCCCCAAUGGGCCAACCGCCCCAAAUGGUACAACCCCCAUCGUCCCAAGCCCAGCAAAACCCACCGUACCGGCCCAUGGGGCCCCGCCAACAGCCCCCACCCAGACAGAUGCAACCGCAGCGAAUGCCCGGUCCAGCCAUGAACCAGCGACAACCCAUGGUGAGGCAAAGAGCCCCAAUGGUACGUCCCAGAGGCGGUGGCAUGACCGCAGUGCGCAGCAUCAGACCCAGAAUGCCGGUCCAGAACGGCCACGUGAGGCAUCCACCCGUUAAAAGAACCCAAGAGCAAAUCCAAGCCCUUCAAGCGAAGAAAAAACGUCUAGAUGUUCUAACACCGGAUAAAGACGACGAGGAUUGUCAAGUGAUUUGCAUGCAACCCAAAAAUACAGAUGGGGGGUUACCCCAAAUUGAGAGCGUCCAGGGUGGUACGGCUGAACCGUCCGAAAGUAGUGUAAUGCAUCUCUCCGAUUCUAUAACUCUGUCGGUUCGGAAUCCGCAACCGAGGCCUCAAAGCCCCAAAAAGGCCGAUGCUAAGGCCGUGGCUAAUAUUUUGGCAACGCGGGGAAUCACCGUAACGGCCACUCCCAAGCCCAAGGAGAAAAACGAUACUCAGAAAAAUGCUUCCUCGAUUCCGGCGCAACUUAACCUCAACUCGGCCGUCAGCAUUAUUCCAUCAGCCAAAAAUAAUAACAAGCCCAAUCCCUCGGGCAAAGACCCUCAUCUUCCCACCGUCGACUUAACCGACGACACUUCCUCCGUCUCCCAGCAAAUGAAGCCUUCCGUCCCGGCCCAGAAGCCGGCCCAACGGCAGGGGCUGCCCUUCAGAUGCGACCUGUGCCCAGCGCAGUACCCCAACGCUAUAGGUUUGAGCAAACACCGGCAGAACUACCACAAGACCAACAGCGGCAUGUGCGAGAUCGGCGUGCCUUUGGUCAACUUGAAACAGCCGGGCAUUUUCCAAAAAUUGAGCUCGCUGGGUAUUUUCAACUAUAUUCCCCUUCCGUCGUCGGGCCCUGACGGCAUGUUCGCAUUGCCCAUUAUCAAUGCGCGAAACCCCGGCAAUGUGGCGGCCCUGGGGGCCACCACCAUGCUCACUUUGGGGCCCGUCAGGAACAUACCGCGCCCCCAAGUGAAUGGCACGCAUCAAGGUGCCAAUAAACAAAGCAAAUGAGUAUUGUGUUCCGUGAACACGUGUAAAUAAGAGUUUAUAUUGUAACAAUAUGGUUUUGUUUUAUUGUAUAUUACAAGGAACUUCUAAGUUAGUGGAUGAAAUUGUAGUCUUCUGAAACAGUUUUUGCCUGUUUUUUGCUUUUUUACCUAUUUAUUGUAUUAUUCAAAUGGACUGAUUAUGAAAUUAACGGCGCGUGUGCAAUUUUUUAUGUAAUUAGCUCUUUUGUUCAAAGAUCUUAGGCAAGUAUCAAAAAAGUUACUACAUUUUAGUUUUUUGCGUGGUCUUGUGUCGAUUACAAAAGGGCUACAUGUAUGUAUUUUUUGUAUCAUUGAGUAACUUUGUGAUAAAAUAAAUAGUAUUUUUCA